CUGACAUCAGCCAGCUUCUGCUUUUGAUGCUCCUUCUCCUCCAUCGACUGAUAGCGCGUCUUUAAGCAGCAUCAUUUCGUUAUCGUAGCGUUACUGGCGUCAAAUUUUUAAUUUGAGCCAAAAAGAUCUCGCUGAUCCAGCAGGUUUGACCGCCGGAUAGAUGCUGCUAGAGUGGAUGAUGAACGGACACGCUAUUCUGUAUACGGGGGUCACUUUGGCCUUCUGGAGUACCAUACUGAUCGUCGGUAUCUGCUAUACCAUAUUUGACCUUGGAUUCCGCUUUGAUGUGGCAUGGUUCCUGACAGAGACUUCUCCUUUCAUGUGGGCCAGUCUGGGCAUUGGCUUGGCCAUCUCUCUGUCUGUGGUGGGGGCAGCCUGGGGGAUCUACAUCACCGGCUCGAGCAUCAUUGGUGGUGGUGUCAAGGCUCCACGAAUCAAAACCAAGAAUUUGGUCAGCAUCAUCUUCUGUGAAGCUGUGGCGAUCUACGGCAUCAUCAUGGCCAUUGUGAUCAGCAACAUGGCUGAGAACUUCAGUGGAACAACCCCUGAAACCAUCGGAGCAAGGAACUACCAAGCUGGUUACUCCAUGUUUGGAGCUGGUCUGACCGUGGGCUUUUCCAACCUCUUCUGUGGGAUCUGUGUCGGCAUCGUGGGCAGCGGCGCAGCGUUGGCAGACGCCCAGAACGCCAGCCUUUUCGUGAAGAUCCUCAUUGUGGAAAUCUUUGGCAGUGCAAUUGGCCUGUUUGGUGUCAUCGUAGCCAUUCUGCAGACGUCGAAAGUAAAGAUGGGUGACUAGAAGAUGCAUUCACACGCUGCGAGGAUAAAAAGACACUGCUGGAAAAUAAGAUGGAUUAUUGUGUAAAUACAUCGUAAAUUAUUUAAAUGUCUCUAUUUGCCUGGUGUUGUUUUUAACCAUCAUUCAUGCGAGAGUGGCGCACACACUGCACACCCCUACUGUCUCGUCUAGAGAGAAACACGAAUGUCGAAGAUGAAAACUGGGAAAAAAUCUCCAGAUUUCAGUGUUUCUGUGCGUUUUUGCACCUGAAAUAAAUGAGUCACCGCUGCGUCUCUCUGACCGUUCAGCUUGAUGAGCAGUGCAAAGAGAAGGCACGUGUUGUGAAGAAUUUCACUCUUGUCCGUCACAGAAUUUAAGGAUAGCCGCAUGAUUUUCUCUGACCACUCUUGGAUGAACGAUGAGUUAAAAAUUAACACUGUUUGAAAAUAUUUGUGUGUGUGCGUGUGUGUGUGUGUAUGCUGGAAACGUGAUUUUUUUUUUUUUUUUUCUUUUUUCCUGUGAAGCAUGAGGUUGUUUACCGUUGUGUUUAUUACUGUAGCCUGGUCUGUCACUUCUUUUGUUUUUGUAACUGUUCUUUGCUAAUAAGCAAGUGGUCCUUAAUCCACGCUGUGGCCCAAAUACAGUAUUUGUUCGGCCUCGUGCUGUAGAAGUGACAGAGAAUCUGUGAAGUUCUGAAUUAGCGUACUGAUCUGGAAUCAUUAGUGAGGUCGCUCGACGGUUGGACAUGCUCUUUGGGAGGCCAUCAUAGCAGCAGAUCUGCUCUAAAUAUGCCAUUCUGUCAUUCAUUUCCUUUCUUCCUGAAAGCGUUCUGAAACUACGACAUCUAAAUUUCAAUGAGCCAGCUACGCUCAGGCUUCUCCCCUCAGAGUUUUAACCUGGUUGUGAUCCUUUUCAGUAGUUUGUGCAAGGAUGAAUUGGACAUGAAAAUGUUUUUUUUUUUUUUCCCCAGUGUUGGCCAGAAGGAAGCUGAAAGAAUACUUUUCUUUUUAAGAGGCCCCUUGUCCAAUUUGUGACCUUAGCAUGAAGCUAAAACCUUAAAAUGUGUCGGGUCACAGGUGAACAACAUUUCUGUCCUCUUUCUCAAGUCACUCUUCAACCUUAUUGUCUUAGGAAGUUUAUUUUAGAGAGCACCUCAGUUACUAGUAUUACCUUACACUCAAUAGUAACUGUUUGCUGUAGCAUCACCAUUACCAUGUACUGGAGGUCUGAAAGGGGACAUGAUUAUGUAUAGAUUGGUCUUCUGGUCUGGAGUCUCAGGUGGUCUGACUCCAAAAACUCUCGUUAAAACCUUUUGGCUUCAUUCCAGAAUCACACAACUUUAUAACUUCAAGGCAGAUUUUACAAUUCCUCAUGUUUCUUUAGUUUUUAUUAAACCGUCUUGUUCUGAAUGUCCAUCUUAACAUGUUUAAGUCUGCGUUCCCAAAUUAUUUUCUAACAUUCCUGAAAGAAGCUUAACGUGUGCGCGAAGCUUUUUCUUGUGUUUGGGUAGAGUGCAAUUUGAAUGACAAAGUUAGACUCCUGCUCCAUCACAACAAAGCCAUCAUUAAAUCUUUGUCAUCAAAGCAUGUACUUUCUAUCAGCCCGGCGCCACGCGGCGGUUCAGCUGUUUCCUAUUGAUGCUGACUUGUAAAUCUGGCUAAACGGAUAAUUCCUCUGAACCGUUGGCUGCCAGCUGACAGAAGAAUCAACUUGAUGAGGGCACCGAGUGCACAUUUGGUGACACUUUUUUGUUCUCGAUGUGUCAUUCCACAAGUUAAGACCACGGCUGAUUGGGAGUUGUCUGAAAUCUUUUCUGCAAUUUUUCCUCCAACCCGCUUGUGGAGUUGUGAAUGAGUUUAAACAUUGAAUCUUUACUUGUGGAAAUUGGAUUUUGUGUAAUAUAUCCAGACCUGGCCUCCCAAAGGUGUCUAAGCAAGAUCGCCUUUGCCCCUGUGAUGGUUUUACAAUAAAAGAAGGCUGUAACUUCGUGAUUCCUUUGGUCAACCAGGCUCUGUACCAAACCCCAGGCUUUCAGUGACUGUAGUUGGUACCGUGUGUGCAUUAUGUUGAUGUGAUGGUGAUCAGAGAGUAACUCAUUGUUUUUGAAAUUGUGUAUGAUAAUAGCAAAACACAGAUCAUCCUUCUGGAUUCAUAAAUGUCCUUGAGAAAAUAAAAUGGUCCA